GUCGAGUCGUUCUACUUCGCGGUCGAGUGGCUGGCUUACGUUGUGGGCUCUGUCAUGCUCCUAGAUGUGCAUGCUCCAACAGCAGCAGUAGUUUCAGAAGCGACGAGAAAGAAAAUGGCAACACUUCUGGGAAACGCGAAGGGCGGUGGCAAAGUCGUGGACAAGCUAGCUGCGGUGCUUCGUUGGGCAAAACUCAUCGUGCCGCCUCCUGUCAAAACCGACGCUGCAACGUCUUCCGGAGCAGGUGCAGGCCCUGGCAGCAACAAAGGUGUCGACAGUGGCCUUGACAUAAGUCCAGUAUCGUUUCCGCUGUCUUCAUCUAUCGUCAGCUUCGCUCCAGCGGUAGCGGCUGUACCGGUCGUGGCUUCAAAAUCAAAUCUACCUGCGGCAAUAAAUGCACCAGGAGGUGGAGGACAGAUCCAGACACGGAGCUUCGCUGCAAGGAUACAACAGCAACAGGAGCAAAUGCAGGCUAAUCCAGCGGCUGCAGGAGCAGGUAGUGGACCAGAAAAUGACCCGAGCGACGCAUUACACAGUACGCAGACGCGGUUCGCCGUUCAUGCCGUGCUCAAAGUGCUUUUCCUCGUGUGCGCAGGUCCCUCUUCGGACGACGAUUACGGUGUAGAAGCGAAGCAGCAACACAUCAAGGCGUCUCUCGCAGAAUUGCGGUCAGCGAGCUUUGCACUUGCGACUGAACUCGCAAACUCACCAGUUCACUUGC